ACUGCUCUCGGUGCGUGCGGAGCUGUUUUCUCGGUGCGUGCGGAGCCGUUUAAAGCUCAUAAACGCGCUCGUGGAGAGGUGUGCGCGAGCCACAGCGCGCGGGGCCCCUCCGGACACGCUCACGGGCGCCAUUGUUGCACAGAACGCGUCUCCGGCCCCUUUUGUACCUGCUAUAUAUACCCUCGGUGAUUCGGUUCCGUUUUAUCGGCCGUCGGAGCUUGCUGCAGUCCGCAUUGCGCCGCUUCAUCCUCCCCCGGUGCUGGUUCCGGUUCGGUUUGGGUCCGGUUUGUGCCACGCAGCCGUUAUUCGGUCAUUCUCCCGUCCACACUUGUUCAAUUAUCCUCCAUUGUUGAUGUUUUAUGCACAUGAAACAAAGAAAUAAAUAAAAACAGUCCGCUCAAGGCCCCUCCCCCUUUUCUACGGCGCGCUACGUCGACGCUUGCGCCUGACGUCACCGCGCCGAGGGAGGCGAGGGGGGAGCGGGUGACGUCACAGGCAACAUGGCGGAUCUGUGGAGAGAAGCGAGGAGCGGGUUUACGUUUGUGUUUUCGUCUUAAAACUUCAAAAACGACUAUGGCGCUCUCCCUCCAGACCAAAGAGAUGGAGGUGGAACAUGAGCACGGCGAUGUUGAAAAGAGCGAGAAUACAGACGCAAUAACACAAAGUACCACAGGUCAAAAUGGACAAGAAGAAGAAGAAGUGUCAGUAAAUGAAGAACAAGCUCCGCCUCCACGUCAAGCAGAAGAUGAGUGUGACGCUCCACAGAACGAUGAGGAAAAACACGAGAGCGUCCUGAACCUCAACAACGAGGUGGUGAAGAUGAGGAAGGAGGUGAAGAGGGUGCGCGCUCUGAUUAUUCGUAAGAUGACGCGGCAGAUCGGCGCUCUGAGGAAGAAGAAGGGAAGCGACACAGAUAUCGAACGAAACCAAAGGCGAGCGGCCAGACUGCUGGACGAGAUCCACGCCAUGAAGCUGUUGGUGCCUGAUGUGGUCACCAAGACGGCACUGCAGAAGAACCUCAACUUCCAACAAGUGUGUAAAGACCCCAAAUCUACCAUCUCCGCUCGGGCGCUAGCUCGUGUUGCUACUCACCCGCAGUUCAACAAGAAGAUAGAAGCAAUCAAAGCUGCUGUGAAAGCUUUCAAGGAGGAGAGGACAAAGGGAGGAAAGGCCGGAGGAAAGAAGGAGAAAAAAGAAGACAAGACCCAAAAACAGUCGCCCUCUGCCAAUCCCGAAAAACAGCCUGACGUAAAAGUGAAAAAGUCUGGCACAGCGACUAAAAGUGAAACAGAUAUUGGGGAAGUGUGUCUUGAGGAACCUUGUCAUAAUUUUCCUGAAGAGAAAAUUGACUCAAUCGUUCACCAGACAGAAGCCAGAACUGCAAAAUCAGAUGUUAAACAAAGCCCAGUGAAGCCUGUUGUGAAGUCCAAACCUCUAAACAAGCAGGAGGAACCUAAAAACACUGCUAAACUGUUAGAACUUCCUCCCAAACCAAACGCAGAGGCAGAGAGCGAGCUGGAAUCAGACGGAGAAAAAGAGUACUUCGACGACAGCACCGAGGAGCGUUUUCACAAGAAAUCCUCAGGCGAGUCAGAGAGCGACGACGAUUUCUUUGUAGGAAAAGUGAGCAAGUUUAAGAAAAAGAAGAAGACAAAAACGACUGAAGAUAAAACCGUUCAAAAGAUCCUCGAGAACACUUCAAAAACGCCCCAAACUGACAAAGUUCAGAGUCAAUUUGAAGAGCUCGAGUCCAGACUGACAUCAAAAGCCAACGCUCUAAAGUCAGUGUUUUGUUCCUCCCUCGCUCGAACAAAGAACGGCAAAGGUGGAGGAAGAGGAGAUGGAAAAUUUCAAGCCCGGGACAAACGAAAAGAUGGUGGAAGUAAAGAUUUUAGGAGAAAGAACGAUUUCCAAAAACGAGAACAUUCAGAUGGAGGGAAGGGUUUUGGUAAAGGGCAGAAAACGUUUGGAGGGAGAGGACAGGAUAAAGAACAGACGAGACCAAAAGAUUCAAGAGGAAGAGGAGCGUUCUCCCAUCAAGCACCACAGAAAUCACUGCACCCGUCGUGGGAGGCAAGUAAGAAAAGAAAGGAACAGCAAGGACAGAUACUCGCCUUCCAAGGAAAGAAGAUCAAGUUUGAUGACGACGACUGAAAUAGUAACUGUGUAACAUGGGGGAUUUUAACAUUUCUCAUCUGUUCUAAUGUCGUUUCCUCAUCCCAAACAGACCUGGAGUUGUGUUUUGUUUCAUUCACACAUGUUUAGCUCUUCUCUCUAACAGAAAACACUCUGUUCCACCUUGUGAUGUCAUCAUGUGGUGAUACAGGAAGUGCUCCACUGUGUCAUUAAACUCCACACACCUUCAUUUCUGGAAUCGUUUGGAUCAUUUCAGUCCGAUAAUUUCUAAUCUCCACUAAACAAAAGGUAAAAAGUAGCUGUUUAACUUGAAAACUACCACUUGAUGACAUCACAAGGUGGAACGUCGCAUUUUGAGCUUUGUAGAUGUUACAGACUAAUAAUAAAGUGACUCAAACAUGUGAGAAUGAAACAAAACACAACUCCAGGUCUGUUUUUGAGGAGGAAACGGCUUUAGAACAUGGAUUCAAACUCAUAGGAGCUUUUUAAAUGUGUGGUUUAUGGCUUAAAGUAAUAUUUGUUAAUUUUAUCAUUAAAAUAUGAGUGAGCCAUAGUAAUAAAAUGAAUUAAGCUCUUGAAUCAAGUCUUUCACUUUAGAUUCUGAAAACCAGAUGAGGGAGUUUCAUUAAGUUUUGUUUAUUUAUUCAAUAUUUUACGGGGUGAGUCGGUUGAGACAAACAGAACACAAACACACACCAAGUACAAUGUGAAACAGAACGUGAGACGGUGAAACAUCUGCAGAUUAAAACUGAUCCUGUAUAAUAAUGUUUUUUAAAAGUCGACAGAGAAAAACGGCCUUGUGCAAUGAGUAAAACGAGGUUACAGCCACAGUUAAUACAAUUCAAGUUUAUUUCUAUAACUCAUUUAAAACAACUUGAGCUGAACAAAGUGCUUCAUAUAAAAGUCAACAAAAAAAUAUAACACGAUACACAGGAACAGAAAAACACAAAGAUGUCCCGUCGAGUGUUAAAUGCCAGGGAGAAGAGGCGGGUUUUCAGUCUUUUUACAAGUAUCUUUGUAAAUAAAAAAUACUAUAAAUCAUUAACAAAAUUGUGACUGAACAUCAGCUCUGGUUUUAGACUUGAUGCUCCUCGUUUAUGGAGCCGCCUCAUAAACUCAGAGUAAACCGUGUACGUCCCUUAAGUGAAUGUAAACACUGUGUCUGUCGUCUUUUCAGAGCAGUGUAAACGUUUUAACUGAAGCCUGAGGUCCACAGCUUCAGGAAAUAUUUAAAUGUACAUUUUAUUAAUACUAAAUGUUUAUGUUUUAACGGAGAACUCAGGACUCCCUCAAAAAUCAGACUUCCUGAUAAAAUAAUUAGAGAUUUUUGUGUUUAAGGAGUUUUCAAAUCCUGUAUAUCUUUUUUUUUUUCUUUUUUAAUCAGUAUUGUUUUUUCCUCAUUAAAAAACAAAUCAAGGUCUGUUUUCUUUCACACAGCGUCACAUGGCCCAUGACUGAGAAGAGCGUGUAAACAGAACUGUGCACACAAAUAUGAAACACGCACGUUCUGUCAACACCAGUGCUAUUUAAAAAAAGUCAUUACUCUUAUAAUUAACACAGUAUUAUCAUUGUUCUGUUGAUUUUAUGUUUUAUGUUCAGAAGAGUUUGUUUCUUUUCAAACCUGGAUGCUUGAGAGAUUACACAAAAAACACACGAGCUCUGAGAUUAAAGCUCUUUAAGGAAACGUACAUUUGUUCUGUUUGAAUUUUCGUGGGAUCAAGUUCAAGUUUGUUUGACUUGUUCUAAUGAUUCUCAAAUUUGGACUUAAUCUGGAGGAUAAAACCUGUCGUAAAUAUAAAUUAUAGUUUUACGCCAAUCAAGAAGCAAUUUGUGAAGUUUAAAAGUUGGUAAAAAAUGACAGGAAGUGGAGUUCUAUUUUCGAGUCGCACGUUGAUGACAUCACACUGGGAGAAUUCUGUCCAAAAGUUCUGCAAAAUUUACACAAACCAUUUUUUCCCCCAUAAUUUUUAACAUUUCAACAAAAUAAAUGUGUUUUCCUAC